AUGCCAACCGCGUCCUGGUGGGCGUGCUAUGCUGCGUGGGCAGCAGCGUCUGUCGGAGUGGCCGUGCGGAUCAACCGAACAGUCGACGAGCCCUACAUGGACGAGAUCUUCCACGUCCCGCAGGCUCAGGCGUACUGUAGAGGAGAGUGGACCUACUGGGACCCGGCUCUGACGACGCCGCCGGGAUUAUACCUCUUUCCGGCUGCCCUGGCGUUUAUCCAGCGAUAUCUUGUACCGGUAAUCGCACUUCUGCCCACGAACCUCGCCACUUUCGACCCUUGCGCCCUCCCAUUCCUCCGCGCCGUCAACCUCUUCCUCUCCCUCUUCCUGCCAUUCAUCUAUUCCUCGCUUCUCAACCUCCUCCACGUCUCGGCUGGCGACAAGCGACCAUCGCGGCGAAGCAACGACUGGGAAGGCCUCGUCAUCGCCAUGUUCCCGUUCGUCCAGUGGUGGAGUUGGCUCUUCUACACCGACAUGGCCAGCGUGGUGUGCGUCUUGCUGUGCUGGCAGGCGGCGUUGCGAAAGAAGGAUCUUCAGUCGGCGGUGCUCGGUGCCAUCUCGCUCCUCUUCCGCCAGACCAACAUCGUCUGGGUCGCUUUCGUCGCUGCGCAAGCUGCGAUCCGCGAGCUCGAAUUGCCGAAAAAGGAGGGGAACUCGUCGGGCGGUAAGGCGGUAGAUCCGCCUCUUUGGGAUGCGCGACCAGUCCACAUCAUCCAGACCCCGCUUGCCAUCCUCCGCGCCGCUCUCACCCAACUUCCGACCCUCGCGCCCGCCAUCGCCGCGUAUCUACCCGUCUUUAUCGUCUUCCUCGCCUUUGUCCGAUGGAACGGCGGCAUCGUUCUAGGCGACAAGCAGAACCACGUCGCGACCAUCCACGUUGCACAGCUGUACUAUCUCAUCGCCUUCGCCGGCGUCCUCUUUGCGCCUCUGUUGGCCACGCCUUGGCGAGUACGAGUCGCCUGCUAUGGGUUGAUCGGCAGUCCCAAACGAGCGUUCUUGUCGAUCCUUGCGCAGGCUGGGAUCUGCUACACAAUCAAGCACUACACCAUCGCACACCCUUUCCUCCUCGCUGACAACCGGCACUUCUGCUUUUACUUGUGGCGAAGAACGAUCAACUUGAAGUGGUGGACGCGAUAUGCGCUGUCGCCCGGGUAUCUUCUUGCGGGACGGCUCGUCUACGAUCAACUCGCACGGGCCCGCCUUAUGACCCUCUCGACCCUCCAACUCCUCACGGGCGCCACCUCCGCCGUCCUUAUCCCCUCUCCCCUCCUCGAACCACGCUACUUCCUCCUCCCCCUCCUCAUUCUCCGUCUCUACUUCUCGCCCCCCUCCACCUCCUCAGCACCGAAUCGACGGCGCCAACUCGCGCUCGAAGCGGCAUUCUACCUAGCCAUUCAAGCGGCUUGCGUGUGGCUCUUCCUUGAGAAGCCGUUCGUUUGGGACAUCCAGGUUGGGGCGGAUGGGAAGGGCCUUGAAGGGAGGGACGAGCGGGAGGUGGGGAGAUUGCAGAGGUUCAUGUGGUAG